AUGGCGAUCACUCAGCUGUUGUCCAAAGCCUUCUCCAGCAUCCAGCAUGGAGAAGAUAACAACGGAAUGGAUAGUCAUAGAUGGUUACCCGUGACUUGGGCUAUGCACGAGGGAAGACGAGAUUCAUUGGAGAUCCUCUUAUCCUAUGAAAAAACCAGCUUUGGUUCGACACGGAAAUGCAAAGACAAUCCCGUGCGUCUUGCAUGCAAAGCUAGUGUCGAUGGCGACUUGAUUCAGCGCCUUUUGGAUGACCCUAGGGCCUACGUCAAUGCUCGUAGUAAGGAAGGCUGGGCAGUUGUCCACUGGGAUCUAGACAUCAACACUCCAAAUGCAAAUGACAUGACAUGUCUUGAACAAAUAUUCUUGAAAGACAUAUUCAAUAAGAAUAUCGAUCAGGGUGCAAAGCUGUUAUUAUUAUGUGCCCAGCAGGAUUUGGAAGCAAUCGUGAACCCGCUCCUAUUGAAGUAUCAACUUGAUUCCAUGGCCAUUGAUACCAACGGCAGGAAGCUCGCACACUGGGAAUCUGAGUUUCAUUGGAGGAGCACCAGCUCCCUCGUCGAGUCGAAGCCAUUGACCUGGCUGGACCAUGCCAGCAACGAUGGGCGCACCGCACUCCACGUCGCAGCAGAGAAUCGCAACCAAGUGGCAGCUGAAUAUCUGCUACAAGCUGGAGCCAACUAUCAUUUAAAAGAUUCAUCGGGUAGACGGCCGAUUCACAUAGCGGCAGAAUGUGGGCACCGAUCCAUAACGUACCUCCUUCUCAAGCAGCCUGUUCAUAAUUACGGCAAGGACCAACACGGGAGAAGCUUGCUGCAGUUCUUGGUAAUGUGGCACAGUGAUGCUUUUGUACGAAAAUGCAUGAGAGUGCUUCAUGGGAAGGUGGAUGUGGAAGAUCAGUUUGGCCGGACCCCUUUGCACUACGCCUCAAUUUUCCAAAAUAGCCCAGCAGUCAGCGUGUUGCUCGAGUUGGGUGCAGAGCCGAACUUGCGAGAUAAAGCAGAAUCUACGCACCUCCAUUACAUGUAUGCAGCGGAACCUGGCUCGCCAAAGAGCGUUGAACUUCUCAUUAGAGCUGAGGCUGAUAUACACGCUAAACACAUUCCGGCGCAGCGCGUUCUUGAAAACUACGUUCGUCGGCUUGAAGCUCUUGGAGCCGACAUCAAUGCAAAGGACCACUAUGGCUGUACUCCUCUUCACGUCGCUGUCAAGUCUGGCAAUAGGGUUACAGCCGAGGCAUUUUUGGGGUCUUCGAAGAUCAAGCCAUCAAUAGAAGAUGAAAGAGUCCUAACGGCACUGGACUGGGCUGUGGUUGAUGAACAUGAGGCAAUUGCGGAUGCUAUCCGUUACCGAGGAGGCGAGCAUUCAGUUGACUGGAAGUCUCGUCUAAGGCCACUGUAUCAACCCUGA